AUGGUUCCUGUCCGUACAGAGGACAUGUCUGAGGCUCCUGUCCGUACAGAGGACAUGUCUGAGGCUCCUGUCAGUACAGAGGACAUGUCUGAGGCUCCUGUCCGUACAGAGGACAUGUCUGAGGCUCCUGUCAGUACAGAGGACAUGUCUGAGGCUCCUGUUCGUACAGAGGACAUGUCUGAGGCUCCUGUCAGUACAGAGGACAUGUCUGAGGCUCCUGUUCGUACAGAGGACAUGUCUGAGGCUCCUGUCAGUACAGAGGACAUGUCUGAGGCUCCUGUUCGUACAGAGGACAUGUCUGAGGCUCCUGUUCGUACAGAGGACAUGUCUGAGGCUCCUGUCAGUACAGAGGACAUGUCUGAGGCUCCUGUCAGUACAGAGGACAUGUCUGAGGCUCCUGUCAGUACAGAGGACAGGUCUGAGGCUCCUGUUCUUACAGAGGACAGGAUGGCGCAACAGGCAGUCACCUGGACUGCAAAGAUCGUGCCCGUGCAUGGUGCCGGUUGA